GCCUAAAAUGAAGAAUAACAAGUACUAGGCUAGAAUGAGAGAGCAUUAUUGCGCGUAAAGAGUAACGUUGCUCGCGGCCCUAACAAAAGACCCAAGCGGGCCUCGGCGAGGGAGGGGGUUGCAUUUUGGGGCGGCACGGAGAGGCCGAGCCUCCCGUCCAAUGGGCGGCGGAGGAGGCCUCCGCAACGGGCCAAUCAGGGCGGUGCGGAGAUGGUGACCAAUCAGCAGACGCCGCUGCCGGCUUUAUAAACUUCACAUAGGCAUUUGGAGGCUAUACUCCGACUGUGAAAGAAGGAAGCUAGCUAGCGCCAUGGCCAGAACCAAGCAAACCGCUCGCAAAUCCACCGGUGGCAAAGCACCCAGGAAGCAGCUCGCCACCAAGGCUGCGCGCAAGAGCGCCCCGGCCACCGGCGGCGUGAAGAAGCCUCACCGUUACAGGCCCGGCACCGUGGCUCUUAGAGAGAUCCGUCGUUACCAGAAGUCCACUGAGCUGCUGAUCCGCAAACUGCCUUUCCAGCGCCUGGUGCGAGAAAUUGCCCAGGACUUUAAGACCGACCUGCGCUUCCAGAGUUCCGCAGUGAUGGCCCUGCAGGAAGCAAGCGAGGCUUACCUGGUCGGCCUGUUCGAGGACACCAACCUGUGCGCCAUCCACGCCAAGAGGGUGACCAUCAUGCCCAAGGACAUCCAGCUGGCCCGUCGUAUUCGCGGAGAGCGCGCAUAAACGAUGACCUGAUCUCCAAAAUCCCCCAAAGGCUCUUUUAAGAGCCACCUCCAUAUUUCAGUCAAAAAGGCACAAUUGUUCCAUUUGUACACGCCCCUUUCCCACAGUUUUCCCUGCUCUCGAGUCCCUACAGACCGUGGUUCGAUUCCAGGCUGUAUCACCACCGGCCGUGAUUGUAAAUAAGAGUUUGUUCUUAACUGACUUGAGUCGUUUCAAUAACGCUCUCUAUAUGUGAUUAGAUGUAUGCCUAGAGUAGAAGAGGGGAAAAUACAGUAGCAGUAAUGAGUGAUAGUAAUGAUAUAGGGCAAAAAGUGGCGAAAAUGGUCACUAUGUAGCUAAGAACAACUGACUUUGAAAGUCCCAUGUUGCAGUGCCGCUGAUGAGAGGGGAAAAGUUUUACCGUGGAGCACGGAGGCCAUCUAGUGGUUAAACGCGGGUACUGUCAGCGUGUGAGCACGUCAUAGUUGCUCCCUAUUGGUAUUUGAUCUUCAGGCCAGUGUUUCCCAAACUCGGUCCUCGGGUCCCCAAGUGGGGUACGUUGUGUUUUUUCGAAUCCAAUUGCUCUUGGAAUGUAACAUGCUAGAGUAUGUCUUUUCCUUUGUGAAAAUGGCCAUUCAAUCAUUUCUGGGCCAUGUGACAUUCCUCGAUGGCCCAAAAAAUCCAUGUUUUGAUCCGAUCAUUACAACGUUAGCUGUGUGCACCCCAUAAUUCAUGCGACUGACUAAGCUAUUGAAAGUCAAAUGAUAUAUCUCUGUCCAGCGCAAGUGAAAGGUGGUCGAAAAAAAGUGGUACCAACGUUUUGGUUGAAGGUACAGGAAAUGUUGUAGGCCACCCAAUUAGACGUGAUAUUAUUAAGUCGCCCUUUUGUGCUUGUUUGUGUGAGUGCAUAGGUAAGUUGUUUCGAUAUGGUGGAAUAAAUGGAGAAAUGAAAGGAAUGUAUUUAGUGGGAUGAAUUCAGUGUGCGAUUGAAUAUUCCAAUGCCAUACCCAUUGUUAGUCCUUUAGACUAGAUCCGAGAUCCCUUAAGAGAAUGAAGAGAAAAGGUAUCAGGACGGCAGGAAUCAAUAGAUGUAAUCAUCAAGGGCUUGCAAAAGAGCUGUUACGAAACAGGACACAAGCAGCCGGGAUGAUUGCCCUAUUAGUAGUUGACCAAUUACAAAAUAGCAAUCAGCAAUGCGGGCAGGUACGUGUUGAUUGCUGUAUUGGCUUCGUAAAUAGGCUUCAUAAGGAACUAAAUGGCUCAGCACAUGACACCUUCACAGUGGAGAAUAUUUGAUACUACUGACUUCCGUUGAGUCGAGUCGUGUGUCCUUGACGUGAUUUGAAGUCGACUUCUGAUGUGGGAUUUAGUUCAUUUUUAAAAGAAGAUUUGCUGAGGAAUCGAAAUGAUAAGACAAAGUAAAGGCCCUAAAUACAGGCUGCCAGUUAAAUGCAGCAAUGACACGGCUAAAGUGUGUAAUUGCCGGACCAAAGAGCAGGAAUUGUCUGCUGUUGCAUCUUCACUCAUGAGACAGGUAAUAGCGGAGCUCCGUGGUGCUGAAAAGGACAGCGCCCCUGGCCAUUUGCCAAAGCCUAUUUCCCGUUGGAGGGAUUCUUGACAUGCUAUAGGCACAGUUCAGUACACCCCUCAUCCAACAGACAGACCCCCUCCUGUAAUUGGUCCCAGAAUCAUCCACUUGAUUCCCGACCACCAACCGAUUCUCGGGGUGCAUUGGUGUAAAAUGUGGUCGUCGAGAUAAAGUUCUAUAGGCUACAUGGGGUAAUGGCAUCUGGAGCUUUUUUUUUGGAGCUACCUACACCAGUAGGAGAGCUUACAGAUAAAGAGUGCACUAGGCUAGAGAGAAAAGUAGCAUUCCGUUUUUCAUAAAGUAGGUCAAUGUAACUUACCCUCUUUUGAUACUUGAGAAACAUACAUUCACAUGAUGUCCAAAUCUGCAAGAGACAAACCAGCAGAAAAUCAGCAGGUGAACAAAAGGGUUAAGUGAAUAUGAUUUAAGAGCAGUCAAAUGAAGUAAUAGUGACAUAGAUUGUAAGAACUGAAAUCUACCAUGUGAACAUUGCAUUGUGGCUUUAGAAGAGCAUGUAUUUGUAGAUGAAUGACAGAUUAGGUUUGGUGACAAAGUAACUGUAUAAUUUGAGGUACUCUACAUGAGCAUGUGUUUGCCUAUUUGAUGAUCUGUUGGUAGUUAAUGUUUGAUUUUGACCACGUACUUGUUGUGACAAUUGCAUCAGGUUGAGGGAGAAAUGCUCUGUGUGGCCAUUGUGAGUGGCACUUCUGAUCCAGCAGGUGGUGUUAAGAUCCCUCCCUAUGUGGCUUGAAUGAUGAGCCAGUGUUGGCUAAAUGACUUGUGGUCCAGUGGGUGGCGGUGAAAUGCCUCCCUAUCUAUAUGACUUGACCUAUUCCUUUGACAUUGUUCACUUGGAGAUGAUUCCGGUCUUCUUCGUGUCCUCUUCAUGAGCACUUCUGCAUGUCUUCCUUCCUGUCUUGCCAUGUGUGUUUUUGUUAGAUAUCACUGGGCACAUUCCUAACGUGGAGGUCGUUUGCAUAGCUCAUGUCAUGUGGAUAUAUAAAGUAUUGUAUUGUAAGGUAUGUUAGUCUACGGACUGUCUGACAUGGCUCGUCCAUAUAUUGAUGUAUUCCAAUUCCAUUUGGGUGUAUUGUGUGGAAUGUUGGAACAUGGUUCGAUCUUACUUGUUAGACUUGACUGUGCUGUUGGAGCUAGUAACACAAGCAUUUCUGCUAAACAGGUGUAUGUAUAUCUCUCUAGUCACCCCCAAAACCAAAUCUUUCUUUGGCCGCCUCUCCUUCCUUCCAGUUCUCUGCUGCCAAUGACUGGAAGGAAGUAGAAAAAUCUGUGAAACUGGAAACACUUAUCUCCCUCACUAGCUUUAAGCACCAACUGUCAGAGCAGCUCACAGAUUACUGCACCUGUACAUAGCCCACCUAUAAUUUAGGCCAAACAACUACCUCUUUCCCUACUGUAUUUAAUGAAUGAAUUAAUUUAGCUCCUUUGCACCCCAUUAUUUUUAUUGCUACUUUGGACAUUUGUUCCAUUUGCAAAUCUACCAUUCCAGUGUUUGACUUGCUAUAUUGUAUUUACUUUGCCACCAUGGCCUUUUUUUGACCUUUACCUCCCUUAUCUCACCUCAUUUGCUCACAUGGUAUAUAGACUUGUUUAUACUGUAUUAUUGACUGUAUGUUUGUUUUACUCCAUGUGUAAGUCUGUGUCGUUGUAUGUGUCAAACUGCUUUGCUUUAUCUUGGCUAGGUCGCAAUUGUAAAUGAGAAGUUGUUCUCAACUUGCCUACCUGGUUAAAUAAAGGUGAAAUAAAAAAAUAAAUA